CAUUGACUGUGCGAAAGUGCAUGUAUGCAUUGUAACGUAGAUGGUAUCACAUAUAGCAUUUACAGCCUUUACUUCAAGGUCUCUUCAAGGUUCGUACGACAAGCUGCAUUUUCGAAUAUUUGAAAGCUCACAUUUCGUUCAAAAAUGACGGAAGCUCGAGGACUGUAUCCAGAAAUUGAGCCAUUUGAAAGUGGAAAACUAAAGGUUUCAGAUGUCCAUGAGAUUUACUAUGAACAGUCAGGAAAUAAAAAUGGCAACCCAGUUAUAUUUUUGCAUUGGGGUCCAGGAGGGGGCACAAGUCCUAAAGACAGGCGGUUCUUUGACCCUGCGGUAUACAGAAUUGUACUAAUGGACCAACGAGGGGCUGGUAAAUCAACCCCUGCCGCAGAACUAAAGGAUAACACUACGUGGCAUUUAGUCGAAGAUAUUGAAAGUCUAAGGAAGCAUUUGAAUAUUGAGAAAUGGGUUGUUUUUGGAGGUAGCUGGGGCUCAACGAUGUCAUUGGUUUAUGCUGAGACCUAUCCUGACAGAGUGAAAGCAUUGAUCCUAAGGGGGAUAUUUACAGCAAGAAGGAGUGAGCUGCUUUGGUUCUGGCAGGAAGGUGCAAGUAAUCUUUUCCCUGAUCUUUGGGAGAAAUAUCUAGCUCCGAUACCAGAGGUAGAGAGAGGUGACCUCAUAAGUGCCUAUUACAGGCGUCUUACGGGAAAUGAUGAGGAUGAGAAGCUAGCUUGUGCCAGGGCCUGGACUACAUGGGAAAUGGAGACAGCGAAACUCCUGCAGGAUCAAAACUAUCUAAAGAAAACAGAGAAUGAUGUUUGGACAUUACAGUUUGCCAGACUUGAAUGUCAUUAUUUUGUUCAUGGCGCAUUCUUCAAGACUGAUGGCCAAAUAAUUGAAAAUGCUGAUAGGUUGAAAGAUAUCCAAGGGGUAAUAAUACAGGGUCGUUAUGAUGUAUGUUGUCCUGUCAAAACUGCAUGGGACCUUUACAAGAGAUGGCCAUCAGCUGACUUCCAGUUUGUGGAUGAUGCUGGGCAUUCUGAAACAGAAACAGGGAUAACGGCUUUACUACUCCAGGCAACAGAGAAAUACAAGAAUUUAUAAGACAUAUAGUUUUGAGCUCAGAACAGUAGGCCUAAUUCUUGUUAAGUCUAAAAUACAAAUGAAUUCCAAACUAUAUCGUCAUACGCGAAUAUGGACACUGAUAGAGCUGUUUCUACAACCUCAGAAAAUUAUGAUUCAACCAUUUUGUACUGAAUCUCAAUUGAGAUACUUUUGAAAAGGUAUUCUAGUAUUGUAUAUGUUACAAAUAAAUCUAUGUGUGACGACCAUCAAGUUCAGUCCACAUUUUAAAGAAGAAUACGAAGCUCUCUUUUAAGAAGUGAAGUCAAACGAAUGCAAAGGGUGUGUCAACUUUAGUGAUCCAUGAUUUAAUUUAAGAUUCAUUUCUUAU